AUGGCGGACUCGUGCCGGAACCUUACCUAUGUGCGGGACUCGGUAGGGCCGGCCACCAGCACCCUGAUGUUUGUGGCGGGUGUGGCGGGCAACGGGCUGGCGCUGGGCAUCUUGGGGGCACAGCGGUGGUCGCGCCCCUCGGCCUUCGCGGUGCUGGUCACCGGGCUGGCGGUGACGGACCUGCUGGGCACGUGCUUUCUGAGCCCUGCGGUGUUCGUGGCCUACGCUCGCAACAGCUCCCUGCUGGGCCUGGCCCGGGGCGGCCCCGCACUGUGCAACGCCUUCGCUUUCGCCAUGACCUUCUUUGGCCUGGCCGCCACACUCAUCCUCUUCGCCAUGGCCGUGGAGCGCUGCCUGGCGCUCAGCCACCCCUACCUGUAUGCCCAGCUGGACGGGCCGCGCUGUGCGCGCCUGGCACUACCUGCCAUCUAUGCCUUCUGCACCCUCUUCUGCUCGCUGCCCCUGCUGGGCCUAGGCCAACACCAGCAGUACUGCCCGGGCAGCUGGUGCUUCAUCCGCAUGCGCUCGGCUGAGCCGGGCGGCUGUGCCUUCUCGCUGGCCUACGCCAGCCUCAUGGCCCUGCUGGUGGCCGCCAUCGUCUUCUGCAAUGGCUCCGUCACCCUCAGCCUCUGCCGCAUGUACCGCCAGCAGAGGCGUCACCAGGGCUCGCUGGUCCCUGGGCCGCGGGCUGGCGUGGACGAGGUUGACCACCUGAUUCUGCUGGCCCUCAUGACGGGCAUCAUGGCUGUGUGCUCUCUGCCUCUCACGAUCCACGGCUUCACCCAGGCCGUUGCCCCGGACAGCAGUGAGAUGGGGGACCUCCUGGCCUUCCGCUUCAACGCCUUUAACCCCAUCUUGGACCCCUGGGUCUUCAUCCUUUUCCGCAAGGCCGUCUUCCAGCGACUCAAGCUCUGGUUCUGCUGGCUGUGUCCCGGGCCCGUCCGUGGUGACUUACAGAUACCCCCCUCUGAGCCAGCCUCAGGGAGGAGGGACCCGAGGGGCCCCACUGCUCUUGGGGGGAAAGAGGGAAGCUGGGUGCCUUUGUCAGCCUGGGGUGAGGGUAAGGUGGCACCCUUACCUCCUGCACAACCGUCCAGCAGCAGCACUGUGGGAAUGCCAUCCAAAGCAGAGGCUGUUGUCGCCUGCUCCCUCUGCUGA